GGGCCGGCAGAAUGUUGGAUAAGCGAAUAUGUUGGAUAAUAAGGAGGCAUAAAGGAAAAGCCUAUUAAACAUCAAAUUAGGUUAUGAUUUUACAAAUUAAGCAUCAAAACAUCAUGUUAUACAACAAAUUUGACAGUAAAAGUAGUUCAAUACACAGUAAUGCUAUGUAGUAAUUACUGUAUUUACGAAUUUAGCACCAAAAUAUCACUAUGUAUUGAAAACAUUGACUACAAAACUGCGUUGGAUAAUCCAGAAUGUUGGAUAAGUGAGUGUUGGAUAAGUGAGACUCUACUGUAAUAUAAUAUAUUGUAUGUACAUACAGCUGCUCUGAGUUCCCUUCAGGGCGAGAAGGGUGGGAUAUAAAUGUAGUAAAUAAAUGUAGUAAAUGAAUAAAUAAAUAAUUUUGUAUUUAGGCUCGCCCAAAGUCUGAAAUGACUUGAAGGCACACAACAACAACAAUCCUAAUUAACCUGACUAUCUCAUUGGCCAGAAGCAGGCCCACAUUUCCUAUUGAAAUCCUGAUAGGUUUAUGUUGGUUAAAAUUAUUUUCAUUUUUAAAUAUUGUAUUGGUCUUUCAUUGUUAUUGUUGUUGUUUAGCACUACAAAUAAGAUAUGUGCAGUGUGCAUAGGAAUUUUUUUUUUCAAAUGAUAAUUUGGCCCCUCAACAGUCUGAAGGGUGGUGGACCGGCCCUCUGCUUUAAAAGUUUGAGGACCCCUGGCAUUGAGUAUUCAUGAAGCUGCCAAGUCAAUCAGUGAGGGUAUCUGCAUAGAGGCAGCCUGGCUGUUGUUGUCUGGAGGCAUCCUCUGUUUGAUUGGUACUUGAUUGUUUGCUGUCUGGAAUUCCCGUUUCCAAGUGGUGUUCUUUAUUUACUGUCUUGAUUCUGGUGGGUUUUUUUUAAUGCUGAUUUUGUUCAUGGUUUCCUCCUUUCUGUUGAAGUUCUCCACGAGCUUCUUGUGGAUUUCAGUGGCUUCUCAACGUAGUCUGACAUAAUGGUUGUCAGAGUGGUCCAGCAUUUCUGUGUUAUCAAAUAAUACUCUGUGUCCAGGUUGGUUCAUCAAGUGUUCUGCUAUGGCUGACUUCUUUGGUUGGAUUAGUCUGCAGUGCCUUUUGUGUUAUUUGAUUCAUUUCUGGACAAUGCUGCAUUUGGUAGUCCCUAUGUUGACUUGUCCACAGUUGCAUGGUAUAUGGUAGACUCUUGCAGUGGUUAGAGGAUCCCUUUUAUCCUUUGCUAAACUCCACUUCCUUCAAGGUGGACUGAACCACCUAAACUAGACUCUACGGGCCAAUGGAUAUUCCAUAACAGACAUAAGGGCCCUCAGGCAGACGUUAGAAGAGCUGCAAGACCAAGAACAAGCCGUGAGAGUAAAGACAAAGAUCAACCCCGCGGAAAGGUGUUCUUACCAUACAUCAAGGGAACCACUGAACGCAUAGGAAAGCUGAGGAAGAAGAAAAACAACCUACAAACUAUAGACCCACGAAGAAAAAUCCAACAAAUGCUACGUUCAGCAAAAGGAUAGGAGCCCCCCAGAUGGCGUAGUGGACUAAGUGACUUGAAGGUUGGGUUGCUGACCUGAAAGCUGCCAGGUUCGAAUCCCACCUGGGGAGAGUGUGGAUGAGCUCCCUCUAUCAGCUCCAGCUCCAUGUGGGGACAUGAGAGAAGCCUCCCACAAGGAUGGUAAAAACAUCAAAACAUCCGGGCGUCCCCUGGGCAACGUCCUUGCAGACGGCCAAUUCUCUCACUCAAGAAGCAACUCCGGUUGCUCCUGACACGAAGAAAAAAAAAAAAGCAAAAGGAUAAUCCCUAAAAACUCAUAGCAACCCAAUGAGUGAAAUUCGUAGAAUAUUUUCUGCAGCUGCAUGAGUAGUACAGUAUGUGUUUAUUAGUGUAGAUGUGUGUUAGGUUCAUCUGUUUGUUUCAGUUUUAAUUUGGUAAGAUGUUUUAGCGGCUGUUCAGAUGGUUACAGCAACUUCAGUCAGUACUUUUGUUUUGUUCUUAAGCAGAACAUGAACUGGUUAAUACAGUAGAAUCUCAGUUAACCAGAAUUCUCAAGCAACCAGCAAAAAAAUCCUAACAUUGCAUACUGCAUUCACAGAGGUGUUUUUAUAAUAUAGCAAAACUGUGUUACGUUAAGUUAAGCUUAUAUUUAUUUGCUUUUCGUGACUGUAUUUCUAUAUUAAUAUCAAUUCAAUACAUAUUUUAUGGUAUGUUAUAGUUUUGGGUAUAGUAUUAGUUAGGUCUGUUUUUAAUAUUAACUUCCAAUCAACUGAAAACUACAUUUAUCUGGCAUCUACCAAUCCCCAUGAUGGCGGUCAACUGUGAGUCUACUUAUUCCUAUUGGUUUUUAAAUGUAUUUCUCAAUAAAAUAAGUUAAACAAAUGUAAUUUUUGGUGAUGAGCAGAGUGAAGACGAUCCCAGUGGAAGAUUUCUUUUACUUGGCUUGCAGUUUCUUCCAGUCAGUUUCUGGUGAAAGGUGGUUUUGCAACCGCGUUUGGUGGAACGGAACUGUGGUCCCCAAAGUGCAAUCCGGAUUGUGGUUUGCCUGCUGUGUUCAGAUUGGACUCGAGGGCUGUGUUUUGGGGAUUUUUUGGAAGGCCCUGUCCCCAUCUGUGUGCAUCUCAGGCUUUUCCUACGAAACAGAAGCCAUACCCAGCUUGGAAAGCUUUUGGAAAGACGUCCUAAUUACUUUUUAAUUGUGUGACAUCGCUGUAGUUGGCACAACGCUUUCUACUGUCGCAGCGCAUUGUUAUCCACCCAUCCUGCCUUUUAAUUUGGAGAAAACAUCCUGCCCACUAGCGUUUUCUUCCUCCAGUUGAAGGAUGGCAACCCGGCGAGCCUUAAAAGCUGUCUUGGUGGAUCUCAGUGGGACGCUUCAUGUAGAAGACACAGCCGUUCCAGGGGCCCAGGAAGCUCUUAAAAGGUUGCGCAGUGCUCCUGUCGCCAUCCGGUUUGUGACCAACACAACGAAGGAGUGCAAGCAGGAUUUGUUGCAGACACUCAAGAAGCUUGAAUUUGACAUUCAGGAAGAUGAGAUCUUCACAUCUUUGACCGCAGCCAGAAACCUCAUAGAGCAGAAGCAGGUCAGACCUCUCUUGCUGGUGGAAGACAACGCACUGGUUGACUUUGCAGGAAUAGACACAAACAACCCCAAUGCUGUGGUGAUUGGGCUGGCUCCUGACCACUUUAAUUACGAAAUGAUGAACAAGGCUUUUCGGCUGAUCCUUUAUGGGGCUCCCCUGAUAGCCAUACACAAAGCGAGGUAUUACAAGAGAAAAGACGGGCUGGCCCUUGGUCCUGGGCCAUUUGUGACGGGGCUGGAAUAUGCCACAGAUGUGAAGGCGACGGUGGUGGGGAAGCCAGAGCGGAGGUUUUUCCUGGAGGCCUUGCGGGGGACAAACUGCGUUCCGGAGGAAGCAGUCAUGAUUGGUGACGACUGCAGGGAUGAUGUUGAAGGGGCCCAGAAUGCCGGCAUGCUGGGAAUCUUGGUUAAGACUGGGAAAUAUCGAAAAGCUGACGAAGCAAAAAUCAAUCCACCUCCAUACCUAAUCUGUGAAAGUUUUCCCCAGGCUGUAGACCACAUACUCCAGCAUCUGCUAUAAAGAAGCCCUAGAGAACUUGAACCUCAACCGUCAGAGCUUAAAACGUCCAAACUAGCAUGUCAGAAAGCAGAGUGGCAAUGUAACCUUCCCAUCCAGCAUACUAGAUUUUUAUGAGCAGAGAAGGAAAAUGGCUUGAUUAGAAGGGUUCACAUACAAUUCUAUUCCAUACCUCUAUUUGUAAUCUGGAGUAACAAAGCACAUACCUGGUAGUAUUAAAUCAUAUAUCUUGCAGAUGUACCAUAUUUCAUGAACAUAAUAGUUACACCUUUCAUAAUUUUUAAUCAAAUAAGGAGAUGCGACUAUUACAUUAUAAAAAAUUCUGCCUGCCUCCGAGACAGGAGGAGGGAGGAUCCAGCCUCAAGCAAACAGCUCCGUUUCUGAUUUUUUUUAACUGUCUUGCCUCGGAGAAAGGAAGGGGGAAUCAGUCCUAAACGGCUCUACAACUCUGAGGAAAACAAUACCAAUUUUGCCAUUUUGUUUCACUGACUCAGUUUGAACCUCUUUCUCAGUAUGUCUGUCAUUCAUCCCAAUGAAAAUAAUAGGGUUCAUUGUUAUCUGUGGUUUUGUGUAUCUGGAACACAUUCCCUGUGGAAAUUGGGAUCAUACUGUAUUUUGAAGGGACGAAUGUGUAUGUGCCUAGAAAUGCAAUAAAAGACUUCCAAAAGAAAAAAACAA